AUGGGUAACAACAUGGGUACAAGUUUGGUUGCAGUGGUCACAGGAUCUACUGAUGGGAUUGGAAAAGCCUAUGCAGAAGAGUUAGCAAGACGUGGAAUGAAAGUGGCUCUGAUCAGUAGGUCUCAAGAAAAACUGGACCAGGUUGCUAGUGAAAUAAGGGAAAAGUACAAAGUGGAAACAAAAGUCAUUGUCGCGGACUUUGGAGAGAGAGAAGAUACUUACAGUAGAAUCAAAGCAGGAUUGGAAGGCCUGGAGAUUGGUGUCUUAGUGAACAAUGUGGGAAUAUCAUAUCCUCAUCCUGAGUAUUUCCUUGAUGUUCCGGAACUGGAUAAAACAAUCGACAAAAUGAUCAACGUUAACAUCAUGUCUGUUUGUAAGAUGACACGAUUGGUGCUGCCUGGCAUGCUGGAAAGAUCAAAAGGGGUAAUCCUGAAUAUUGCCUCAGCUGCGGGGAUGUAUCCAACUCCACUGCUAACUCUUUACUCUGCAACCAAGGCUUUUGUGGAUUUCUUCUCCCAAGGCCUCCACGCAGAAUACAAGAAUAAGGGUGUCAUUGUGCAGAGUGUUCUACCGUAUUUCGUGGCAACAAAAAUGACCCAGAUCCGCAAGCCGACCUUCGAUAAGCCCACUCCUGAGACCUAUGUCAGAGCUGCCCUGGGCACGGUCGGCCUGCAGACCCGGACCAACGGGUGCUUGCCCCAUGCACUCAUGGGAUGGAUGUUCUCUUUUCUACCUACACCUGCUGUCUUUCAUAUUCUCAUGAAAACAAACAAACAAAUACGGGCUCGUUUUUUGAAAAAAAUGAAGCAGAAGUAA